GGGAAAGGCUGUGCUUCUUUCCACAAAGCAAUAAAGGAUGCGAGAAAAAACCAAAAGCUGAAAGGAUCGCUGUCCAAGAAAGAGAGAAAAAGAGGAGGGAGGCGCUGAGAGAGCCCUCGCUCCUUCGAGUUUUGGUAUUAUGCCUUGAGAUGGGCGGCCCACUGAGAUCACCAAGAUCUUUUAUGAGUCUUUGAAGCUUGUCUCCUCCGCCGAAAGCUUUCGUUUUUCUUCCUUGGUUGAACUCGUCUUCCCCUCCCAGCAAGGCGAGGCCUUUUUCUAGCUCCUGCCUCCUUUUUCUCACAACCAUGUCCUUUAAGCAACUGUUCGUGGGUCUCCCUCUACAUGUUUACAGUAAUGGAAUUCUGGAUCUUGGAUGGCCAAAUAUUUUCGGAGAGGAAGCAGGCAGAGCAGAAUUUCUGCUCAUCGGAGAGUCCUGAAGCAAGUUUCUUUGAGAACGAGAAAGCCUGUUGAAUUAAAGCUGGAUCCCCACUUCCGACUCCCAAUUCCCAACCGAAGAGGAGAAGAAGAAACAGAACAAGCAGAACAAGGCGUCGGCUUUCAUAUCCACCAGCUUAAAAAACCUUUCUUUUCUUCCUCGCCGUCGGCCGCAGCCACGGCUUCUUCCGACUAUGUCCCGCCGGCUCCGGCGCAGCGGAAGCAUAGUUAUUCGAGGCUUAGCGGAAUGAGGAGCUCCGCCGGAGAGAUCGUCGAGGUACAGGGCGGCCACAUUGUCCGCUCCAUUGGCCGUAAAGACCGCCACAGCAAGGUUUGCACGGCCAAAGGCCCAAGAGAUCGCCGAGUUCGUCUUUCCGCCCACACUGCCAUUCAGUUCUACGACGUCCAAGACCGCCUCGGCUACGACCGCCCCAGCAAAGCCGUCGAUUGGCUCAUCCAGAACGCCAAAGCCGCCAUUGACGAACUCGCAGAGCACCCCGCCUGGCACCCUUCCUCGGCCGAAGAAAUCUCCAGCAAGAAGCCCAUGCCACAACCUGAGCCCGCUGCUUCUUCUGCUUUCAGUUUCAGCAACAUAGCCAGCUCCAGCUUCCUCCCUCCUUCCUUAGAUUCCGACACCAUUGCCGACACAAUCAAGUCAUUUUUUCCGGUAACCUCCGCCGCCACCGUCCACGACGGCUCGAACAAAAGUCAUCACUUCCAGGAUCUCCGUCUCUCCCUCCAGUCCAUUCAAGAUCGGACCUUUGACCAUCCGAACCCAAUUCCACACCAUCAUUUCUCAUUCGACACUGUUCCGGCGGGCUUCGCAGACCAGAACCCGAGAAUGGUUUCAUGGAACGCUGUGGCCGGCGGCAGCGAAGGUGGCGCCGGAGCUUAUACGUUCAAUAUGCCGCCUGUAUUGUUCGGCCAAGGCCAGCUUCCUACACAGAGGGGGCCCCUUCAGUCCAGUACCACUUCCUUGCUUCGUCCAUGGAUGGAACCCAUUGAUCACCAAAUGCAACAGGCGCUCAUUCCAGAAGUUUCCUCCAUUGGUUUUUCCUCCGGCGGCCGCAACUUCUCUGGGUUCCGUUUUCCGGCGGAGAUUCACAGCGACGAGGUUCUCGACGACGGCAUCUCCGACAAGCCAUCUUCGGGAUCCUCUGCUUCUCAUUACUAGUGAAAGCGCAACUCAAGGAGUCCUAGGGGAGUCGUCUUUAUCCCGUAACUUUCUACACAGCAGUGAUAACAGAAACCAGGUUUCUAUUUGCUUGUAUGCGCCAUUUUCUCGUCUUUCCUUGCUUUGAUUUCCAUUGGCUUCUGAGUUUCUUGUUCUCUUUUGUUUCUGUUCCUGCAACGUUUGUCGACUGAGCUAUUCUCAAAUGCCCAGGAAUGUAUCCUGGAGUUGAGUUAUGUUUUGAUUUUUAGGAGGUGAAGAAGAAGCAAGGCAAUAGCUUGAAAUCAAAGCCUUGACUUGUGGAAGAACCUUGAUGUAGUUUUCAUGUUGAUUAGUUCUGUGUCUGCAAAAUUAUAUAUAAAAAAAAACUGUAUGGUCGUUUUCUCAA